AGGCCAGAUUCUCAGGUUGUGUCUGUUGGAUGGACUAACAGCGGCUCUAGAAAGGGGAAAUGGCUCAGAGACAUUUUGAGGGAAAAGUACAUGCUGAAUCUUACCAGCGUUACCGGGUGUCUCCUCCUCAGGAACUCCUAGACGAAGUGCUGAACUUCCUUCGAAAAAGAAUACAGGAGCCGCUUGAUCUGGCAGUGGAUGUGGGCUGUGGAUCAGGACAGGGCACUGAACUACUGGCUCCUCACUUUAUGACUGUGGUCGGGACAGAUAUCAGUUCAGCUCAACUGGAGAUAGCCUCUGCUAAAGAUCACGCUGCAAAUUUGUGUUACAGACAGAGUCCUGCAGAGGAGUUGCCCUUUGAGGACGAUAUUGCCGACUUGGUUACAUCCAUGUCAGCUGCUCACUGGUUUGACCAUCCGCUCUUCCUGCGGGAGGCAGACAGGAUUCUGAGGCCAGGAGGCUGCCUCGCGCUGCUCAGCUACACCAUGGAUUUUGAGCUGGAAUAUGGAGAAAGUACCUCGAAACUCAAUCAAAUCUGUCAAGAGUUAUAUGCAACCCUGCACCCUUUUCGGAAAGCUUAUAUAGGAUCCAGUUCCCUCCAAGUGUACAAGAAGAUAUAUGACCUUGUUUCAUACAAUGACAAAGAGUGGCAUGAAUGUCUGAAGGUUCGGAUGAUGAUGCCACUGUCAAGGUUCAUUGGCUUGGUUGAAUCUUUCGCUACAUAUCAAGGUUUCCUGGAAAAGGAUCCUGUUGAGGCCAAGAGACUGUCUCAGACCAUCACAGACAGGUUGUUGGACGCAAUGGGGGCCUCGUCGGCUGACACUGAAGUAACAGUGGUAGUGAAAUACUUCUAUUUAUUAGCCUCUAAACCACAGAAAUCUUAAAAUGAUCCCUCUGUUUCAAUUGUUUCUCAAUACUUCAAAGAA